AAUGCACCGCCGGUGCACUGUUUUUCUAGAACAAAGUAUAUACAGCCAAACAUUCAACUCUUAAAAAAGCUCGCUGGUGCAGCAUGCAAAUUGUUUUUUUUUCCUUUGAAAGAGAAACCGCUAUUGUUUUCAAUGAUAACAUUGUCUAACUAUUUUUCUAAUGAAGAGUUUACGGGCUGCAAGAUGUUUGCACUUAAGGCAGGAAUAUUAACAUUGGGAAAGAGAAAAGUCGGACAGAGAACUCCAACUCGUUCAUACACAAAACUGUACAGGAAUUUCUAGCAGCAUAUCAUAUUGCCUGCAAUCCAAAUGUCAUUGAUGGCAUAAUUUCCAGAUAUCUUAAAUACUACAAUAAUUCAUAUCUCGACAUAUCGCAAGUUCUCAUCUUUUUGUGUGGAAUGAAGAUCUCCGCCGCGAAUUAAGUGUCGGCUUUGAUGAAUCAAUGUGACGUUGAUCAAUGUGAUCCUAGAAUAUAUCAUCCCUUUGCGUUUCAAACAAUAAUUGAGUCUGGAAUCAGAGAGGUAGUAGCCAACAAGCAGGAUGGCUUUCGCCUGAAGCUCAGUAACUUUUUCAUUACUCCAAGCAACACGAGAGAUUUAAACUUGAUUUGUUCUACAAACAAGUAUACUGUCCAUUCAUUAUUGGGAAUAUUCGGAACAUCGCUGAGUUCACUUUCACGCGAUAAGCAAACACCUCAUUUUGAGGUAAACCUGUCAUCGUGCCACAAGUUGAAAUGGUUGGAUUUAAGGGGAAAAGACAUAUGGCUUAGAGAUGCAGCAAGUUCGGCCACGUCGAAACAUCCGGUAUUGAUUAUAAACAGUGUAGAUCAAUAUCAGUGUGUAGACCCUCGUCCAGUUCUGCCCUCCAUAGAACGCAUUGAUGUUAUUGCUUUCACAUGUUCCUCUACAUGGCUACAUAGUCUGUUCAGCACUCUGCUGACAUGCGAUCAUGAGGUGGUGUGUACGAUGAAAGACUGUUACACAAACUCCCAUGAUGAGUAUGUCUCAUACAUAUUUAAGACGGGUAAACAUACAUUUAACAUGUACAUUACGUAUGACAGCAUUGGUCUGUGGGAGAUUCUCCGUGGUCUGAAUAUUCAGAGUCUGACUCUGAGAGGUCGAAUAAAGCGUUUGGGAGUGAGACGUAUAGAGUCUUUAUUGCAGUCUCUGUCCUCGCUCAAACAGCUGGACACACUUACUAUCGGUAGCAAUACCAUCCUCGGUCUGUUGAAGGCUCUCAAUGGUCUGAAUAUUAGGAGUCUGAUUGUUCGAAGCACUGCUUAUCAAGCCCACCUUGCAGACCCUCCUCCAGUGCUGCCCUCCAUAGAACACAUUGAAUUGAGAAGGUUCACAUGUUCCUAUACUUGGCUGUGCAGUCUGUUCAACACGUUGCCGACACUCGAUCAAGAGGUGACGUGUCAGCUGGAACAAUUUGUGCUGAAGGCGCAGUCGGCGGAUCAUCUACAUAUAUAGGGAAAACAAUCAUACAGUUGAGUAAAAAUACAUUCAACAUUCACAAUAGUAGGUUUGACACUCACGGUCUGUGGGAGGCUGUCCAUGGUCUGAGUAUUAAGAGUAUGACUCUGACUUUUUGGAAUGAACGAUUAGACGUAAAGCUUGAAGAGUCAUUAAUGGAAUCACUAUCCUCGCUCAAACAGCUGGAAACGCUUAGCAUUGAUAUGUAUGACAGUCCCGGUCUGUGGAAGGCUCUCAAUGGUCUGAAUAUUAAGUGUUGAACGGAAUGUUUGGAAGUGAAUCAUG